CCACCAAAACCGCAGCGUCACCUGCACCCGUGUAUCCCGGCCGCAAUGGAGUCAAUCCGCCCUGCCUUGGCGACCUUGAGGUUGCAGGCAACCCGACGUGCGCCCCGGCCGCUGUACCAGUGUCUGCACACGACCGCAUCGCGGCGCGCUACUCCGCUGCCUCAUCCUUCCGUCCCGGGUCCGCCGCCGGCGACGCCCACCCCAUCUCCUACAGAUGCGCUCUACCGUGUUGCCAGGAAGAAGAAGCAGGCUUCGCUCCUGCAACAAGCAAAGGAUAUCAGAGCUGCGCCCAAGCCAGGGGGCGCCCUCGCGAAGCGCUUCUGGAAGGAUGUCACCGUGAAGGAGGCAGAUGGUGGCCUGCAGGUCUUCCUCGACAGCAGACCGGUGCGGACGCCCACCAAAGAGAUCCUCACGGUCCCCGCGACCAAGCACCAGCUCGCCUCUGCCAUUGCGCUUGAAUGGGAUCUUCUCCUGAGCGCUCAGCAGGCGCUGAAGACACACUACAUACCCAUGACAUCGCUCGCCGCUCGCGCAAAGGACAUUGAGAAAGCAGACGCUGAAGGCAACUCAAAAGUGCGCGACGACAUCAUUCGCAUGCUGAUGCGCUAUCUCUCCACGGACACACUACUCUGCUGGGCGCCCGAGAAACAGCUCCACGAAGUCCCGCAGGGGGGGCUCACACUCCGCCAGACGCAGAUGAAGCUCACCAUGCCCAUCAUUGCUCACCUGACUACGCACGUGUGGCCAGGUGUCGAGAUCAAGCCAAUCCUAGAGCCAGACAGCAUCAUGCCCGUCUCGCAGCCCGAGAUGACCCAAGAUGUCAUACGGGGCUGGCUCGCGGGAAUCCCGUCUUUCGAACUCGCCGGUCUGGAGCGCGCGGUUCUGGCGUCCAAGAGUCUCCUCAUCGGCGUCAGGCUUGUCCACGAAUGGGCCGAAGCGUUUGCGCAAUCGCGGGAGGCUUCUGACGGGGGCCGCUUUGGAAUCGAGGAAGCCGCAGAGGCAGCCAGCACCGAAGUGCGAUGGCAGACAGGACAGUGGGGAGAGGUGGAGGAUACACACGACGUGGAAAAGGAGGACAUGAAGCGCCAGCUGGGCAGCGUCAUUCUUCUGGUUGGCGGAGAGACGUCGUGAAUCCAGCAAACGGAAUCGGAGUUGUAAACACCAUAGAUUGGCGAGAAUACGCCUUGUAAAAUUAGACAUGUAAUUGUGCAGCAUCGACGCAGAAGCUAUGGAUGCUGCCAGCCACGUGCUACUGUGCGCAGAGUAUGCACCAUCCAUCCAUCC